CAUUCCUUCCAUCACCUUCUAGCCAAAGUCAAGCUAUCCUAUCAGGAAGGACCUUACACCACAAACAUAUUUUGCUGCUUACAACACUUCAACUACAGCUGAACAAUGGUUGGACUGAGACCCUCUGACAUUCCCCCCACCCCAGCUGUGAAGUUCCUAAGUGCUGGAACUGCUGCUUGCAUUGCAGACCUUAUAACAUUCCCAUUGGACACAGCCAAAGUUCGAUUACAGAUCCAAGGUGAGUCGGUAGCUGGUGAAGCUGCAAAAAGCAUUAGGUAUAGAGGAGUCUUUGGGACUAUUGCCACCAUGAUAAAGACAGAAGGACCCACAAGUCUCUACAAUGGGUUGGUAGCUGGACUCCAGAGGCAGAUGAGUUUUGCUUCAAUCAGAAUUGGCCUGUAUGAUUCAGUCAAACAAUUCUACACCAAAGGGAAAGACGCAGGUAUAGGAAGCCGAAUCUUGGCUGGCUGUACCACUGGAGCCAUGGCAGUAACUAUCGCACAGCCUACAGAUGUGGUGAAAGUCAGGUUUCAGGCACAGGCCAAUCUUAAUGGGGCCCAAAAAAGGUACAAUGGGACUUUACAUGCGUACAAAACAAUUGCUCGACAAGAAGGAAUGAAAGGACUCUGGAAAGGAACUCUACCAAAUGUGACAAGGAAUGCAAUUGUCAACUGUUCAGAACUUGUGACUUAUGACAUUAUUAAGGAAACCAUUCUCAAGCACAGACUACUAACAGAUAACCUGCCCUGCCAUUUUGUGUCUGCAUUUGGCGCUGGGUUUUGUACAACAGUGGUAGCAUCUCCUGUCGAUGUUGUGAAAACAAGAUACAUGAACUCUCCCCCAGGACAGUACAAAAGUGCACUGAACUGUGCAUGGACCAUGCUUAUCAAAGAAGGACCAACAGCGUUUUACAAAGGAUUUGUGCCAUCCUUCUUGAGGCUGGGAUCAUGGAACAUAGUCAUGUUUAUUACAUACGAACAGCUAAAACGAGCAAUGAUGAUGUCACGGAGGACUGUGGAAUAUGCAAUAUAAGUCUUACCUGCACUCCUAAAAGAACAUUGUGCUGCUCACGCAAUGAAAUGCACAGUCAUUUUUGUAAGGGACAUGCACAUGCACUUUACAAGCUGGAUGGCUCUUUGAAAUGACGAGUACACUGUCAUGUUACAUGUUGUAGUCUGAAACUUGGAUUGUACAGGAAACAGCAGAAAAGUCCACUCACACACUUUGUAUCACAAACUCCAUGUUACAUUAUCCAUGGUACAGCAUGUUGUAAAAGAUAAGCAUUUCAUCUUCAGUUACCAUGGAAGAAUAACUGACCAGAAGACAAAAAAGAGGCUUAUAUGGUAGUGUAAGAAGGUUAUUCAUGUACUGACAGGUACUGGUACAAUAAAUAGGUAUGGUGCAUCUCUGGAGUUGUAACUCAUAAGGUAAAAGACUCAUUUGGUAGAAAAGUUUUGCUGGAUAUAAGGUGAGAUAUUGCACAAAUGAGUGAAUGUUCAUUUGUGAGUCACAUGACUGAAUUAAAGUUUUUAAAAUAUAGAAGGUAAGUAGAAGUGUGUAACAGAAUGAAUGUUUGAUGACUGAAAUGGGGGCAGUUGUAAAGAUGUCAAACUGUGUCAUAGCAAUUAGUGUGUCUGUAUGAGUGUUUGUGGGUUACAGUCAGACUAGGGGAUAGAUUUAGUAUUGUGCAUGUUUGGUGUUUUGAAUGUUCUGUGUCUUUUUGUCUUAUGUAGUGGUACUGUUAGGGGAAAGGGUUUUAAGUAACAAUGUGUAGGACUGGAGUUGGGGCACUGGGCUAGACUUAGGGUUAGCACAUAUGAGUAAGGGUGGGCAGGGCUUCACUCUUAAUCAUGUGUGCUUGCUAACCCUAACCCAACAAUCACAAUCAUGCUCAUUACAUUACUAAAAACCCUUUUCCUAACAAUACUACUGUUAAUAUGAUGCUUGCUCUGGGUUUUGUAGCUGGGUUUACUGAUGUAGGGCCUUUUCCCAAUGGGAGAGAAGAAUUCAGUAUUUUGUGAUUCACUCAUAUCAGUAUUUGGAGGUUUGAGCAUUCUCUCUUUUUUGUGUUGUACCAUUUGAGGUCCUCUCAUUUGUGUAUUUUACCUUUCAUGAUAUAAUUGUCUUUGGGAAUGGCAAUUCUGUGUCCUUACCUGUACGUACCAUGCAUUUCAAAUUGUAAAGUCUGUACGAGUGCUACAAAAGGGUGACUUGUAGGUACUGUUAUGGAUCUGUAACUAUAUGAAUGGUGAACAAAAGGCUGUCAUAAUUCGUCAAGAAGACGUAAAAGCUGCAUUGCUAGUAGUUAGUUUACUGGUCUGCAUUAUAAAAGAAAAGACAGGAGCAUCUUAGUUCUGUGCCGCCGUAUAUAUUUUCAACACAGAAAGCAAGUGUAACAAGCUUGUUUGAUAGUCUGAAGCAAUACAAAAGCUGAAGUAAGUUUUCUGGAGAUAAGUAAUAUUCAACAGUGCACAUAUGGUGCUUACUAUUAAGCCUGCUACAAAAUAAAAGUGUGCACUACCCUUCCAGAUAACGAGGCUACAUCCUCAAAGGGUUAAGGGUACUUCAUAGUUUUUAAGGGGCAGUUUACAGGCUAACUGCUGGCUUCCUGUCUAUAGUGUAGAAGAUUAUGUAUGUGAGUAUGUAUGCAUGUAUAUUUGCACAUAUAUGUAUGUAUGCAUAUACAUAAUAAAGCAAGUUAAUUAUGACUCUUAACAAGGAUUGAUAAAAUGAAUGUUUGUAAAAGUAGUUCAGAACUACAUGUAUCGCUAUGCAUAUGCAUUUAUAGAUCUUUGUAAAGGCUUGCAGUAGAAGAUACUUCAGAGCGAUGUGAUGGGGAAGGUGAAGACUGCAUUCGUAUGAUUCUGUGUCUUUUAUAAGGUGGGCUAUGAGAGGUACUAUGCAGUUUAAAAGACUGCAGUGAUAAUGGAGGAAGGAAUAACAGCCACAUAAUGCUGUCCUGUACCAUACUUUACGCAAAGUGUUAAACACGUACUUCACCCUGCAAAAAAAAUUGAAAAACGUUUUACUGAUUAUUACAAUUGCUGGGCUUUCUUUUUAUACUCCUUUAAGAGAGUUGACAUUCACACACCUGAAGUACUCUUAUAAACAAAAAUAAUUGCUGCCAAGACAUUAAUACAACACCUCUGUGUAUGUAAAACUCUCUCUUCCUCUUCAACUUAGGAAAGCAGAAAACAUAGUUCCUGCAAAGAGGCAUUGUACUUACUUUGAAGGUUCAUGUAUGCACUUUGUAAUAUGACAUAUUACACAUUAUAAGCAAAUCAUUCAUUCAGUCUGAAUGUGACACCAUCACUGGCAAAUAGAAAUCUCAGUCACGAGUAAAUAAACAAUUGACUUCUACUGGAACAUUCUACAGUCAAGUAUACAAGGACAGUUACAAAUAUUUUUUUAAAUAUCAAGACAUGCCCAUUCCAACAUCGUCUGUUAUGCUGUCAGUUCAAUCAGAUAUCUAAAGAACUGUUUCUGUGUCAGAACUGCUUUAAUUAGGCAUGAUCAUUUUAUCAGACCUUCACAAAUUUGGUUUUAUAGUAUCCUCUGUACAUUGUUAUAACACACUAAACAGUACACAGUUGCAUAAAGUAAUACAUAAGAAAACAAUGAAUUAUCGUCAAUAUUCUCUUAAACCUAGAUCAUAUACUUUUUAUCAUGA